AUGCCCGAGUUGCCCUAUGAGGCUACUACAGCGGCCAUCUUCAUGGCUGGACUGUUCCUCUCGUUCCUUGUCGACUACAUUAGCAAGCGCUUCCUGCUCUGGCGGCAGAGCAAAAGAAGCGGACAGGACGCCGAAGCCACUGCCCCUCCCACCGGCGAUGCAAAGACUGCUAGCCCUGCUAAUAGCGCCGUUAUCACGUCUCACGGGUCCGACGGGCACGUAGAUCUGCACAGCGACGCAGACGCGAAGAUCAAUGUCCUUGUGCUGGAAGCGGGUAUCAUCUUCCACUCUCUCCUCAUCGGAAUCACCCUCGUCGUCUCGGGCGAUGCCUUCUUCAUCACCCUUUUCAUCGUCAUUCUCUUCCACCAAAUGUUCGAAGGCCUCGCGCUCGGAACCUGCAUCGCAGCCCUGCCACCCAUGGCUGCCUCCAUGCUUUCAAAAUGCCUCAUGGCGGCUGGUUUCACCCUUGUCACGCCGAUCGGUAUGGCCAUCGGCAUCGGUGUCCUCGACAAGUUCAACGGAAGCGACCCCUCGACGCUUAUCGCUAUUGGCACGCUGGAUGCGCUGAGUGCGGGUAUUCUGGCGUGGGUGGGCAUCCACGAGAUGCUGGCGAGAGAUUGGCUGCAUGGUGGGCUUGUGAGUGCAGGCGUGCUGAGGACGGGGGUCGCCAUGUUUUGCUUGAUCGCGGGCAUGGCGAUUAUGUCUUUGUUAGGUAAAUGGGCGUAA